UUUAUAUUGAAUUAUGCACUCUCAGAAUACUCUCUCUUCAGUUCAGGCUGAGACAAUCCAAGAGAAACAAAAGAAUUUAGAAGGUCAGCACGAAGAACUUAUCAAGGGUAAACCUCAAAAGAUGGGAACAGUCCAGACCUUCUUCACCCUACUCAAAGGCUUUAUGGGAACAGGGCUGUUAUUCCUUCCGAAUGGAUACAGCAAUUCUGGAUGGAUGUUUGGAACUGGUGCUAUCAUAAUGAGCAUGCUUGUUACCAUGGUUUGCGGAAUAUUGCUCAUCCAAGUAUCUUCCAAAUAUAAAGGCACCUUCUCCGAGCUUGGAUUCCUAGCCAUGGGUACUCUCGGAAGGUAUAUCUGUGACCUUGUAUUAGCACUCUCUCAAGCUGGCUUUGUGACAGUGCACAUUGUAUUUAUUAGCCAGAACCUUAACAGCAUAUUUGAGUAUCAUUGGGGAUUCACAAUUAAUAUUUGGAUAAUGGGUCUCAUCUUCUUUGUGAUUUAUACUCCACUUUGUUGGGUCAGAAAGAUCCAAACACUUGGGAAAUAUCAUAUUUUGGGAGAUCUGACUGUGCUCCUGGCAGCUGGAAUGCUAGUUGCAGAAGCAGUAUUGUUUUAUGUACAUCGUGGCUCGUUUGCAGAUGACAUUGAAUCUUACAAUUCAGAUAAAUAUCUAGUCUUUCUAGGAACAGCUAUCUUUAUCUUUGAAGGAGUCGGUGUCGUCAUCCCAGUCAGAGAUGCUUGUAGGGACAAAGAGCACUUUCCAGCUAUUUUUAUGGCCAUGAUGCUUGUUCUAACUUGUAUCUUGAUCUUUUUCGGGUUCUUCAACUAUGCUGUGUAUGGAGAUGAGCUUCUCUCAAAUGCUCCUAUGGUUACCAAAAUCCUUAGAAAAGGAGAUGUUGUGGUUGAGAUUGUAAUGGUACUUUUCAUCAUUAACCUAAUUUUCUCAUACCCUUUGGUUAUCUAUCCUUCCAACGUUGUUAUCGAAAGCUACUCAAUUGAUAAGAUGACUCCUUCUAUAAGUAGAACCUGGCUCAGGAACCUCAGUAGAGCCUUGGUUGUAUUCAUCACCUUCUUCAUUGGAAUUUAUUUUGAAGAUAGUCUUGAUAGACUCUUAUCAGUGGUUGGUUCUCUGACCUGCACUCCGGUAGCCUUCAUAAUGCCAGCAGUGCUCCAUCUAAACCUUGUAGCAAAGACCAGACUGGCCAAGACAAUUGACUACUCCAUAAUCUGACUUGGAAUCGCCUUACUUGUUGGAAUAACCUCCCAUACAAUCUUGAAUUGGGAAUAA